UGACGUCAUCAGCAGCGCGCGCGCUCAGUCGGCGUCGCGUCUUCUGAGGAGAGGUGAGCAGUUCACGGUGUUUACCAUGUUUACAACGCUGUAAAAUACACUUUACACAGUUUGAAACAGUAUGAGAGGUCGUUUCUGCCUUUUUUGAUAAGUUCAUGUUCAGUGAAGCUUCUCCCACAGCAAUCCUGCCUUAAGUGAUUUCACCAGUAAAUGCUGGAAUAUUCCCAUCAGACGAGCAUCAGAGCAUCAGAAGAGCUGAAAUCUGCAAAGUUUAUUAAAGAGGACAGUGAGAACAUGAGUGAUCCAGAACCCUGCAGGAUGAAACACACUGAAGAACAAAGAGAGUUGAUUGAAGGAAAUGAGAAGAAUGAAGAAUUGAGUGAAGUUGAUGAGAAAAAGCAUGUCAUAACUGGAGAAAAACCUUUGAGUUGCUCUCAAACCAAACAGAAAGAUUUAAAGAAAAGAAGAGACAAGAAAUUUUUCAGCUGCACUCAGUGUGGGAAGAGUUUCACAAAUAAACAAAAUCUUGAGCGUCACAUGAGAGUUCAUACUGGAGAGAAGCCGUUCACAUGUGAUCAGUGUGGGAAGAGUUUCACAUGCAAAUAUGGUCUUUAUGUUCACAUGAGAGUUCAUAGUGGAGAGAAACCGUAUACAUGUGAUCAGUGCGGGAAGAGUUUUACGCAACCAGGACACCUUAAAGAACACAUGAACAUCCACCCUGGAGAGAAACCUUACAAGUGUUCACACUGCGACAAGAGCUUCAAUCAGUCAGGAAUCCUGAAAAAACAUGAAAGGAUCCACUCUGGAGAGAAACCAUACAAGUGUUCACACUGUGACAAGAGAUUCAAUCGGUCAGCAAAUCUGAAAAUACAUGAGAUAAUCCACACUGAAGAGAAACCAUACACAUGUGAUCAGUGUGGAAUAAGUUUCUCACAAAAAGUACACCUUAAGGGACAUAUGAAGGUUCAUACUGGAGAGAAACCGUACACUUGUGAUCAGUGUGGAAAGAGUUUUGCACAAUCAGCAAACCUUAAAGAACACAUGAACAUCCACACUGGAGGGAAGCCGUUCACAUGUGAUCAGUGCGGAAAAACAUUUUUGUGGUCUUCAGUCCUGAAGAAGCACCUGAAAUGUCAUACAAAAGAAAAGCCAUAUUCAUGUAAUUUAUGUGGAAAGAAUUUUUCACGUCUGGAACAUUUAAAAAUACAUGAGAAAAUUCAUACUGGUGUGAGAGACUACAUGUGCUUUGAGUGUGAGAAGACUUUUAUUUCAGCAAGCCAUUUAAAACAGCACGAGAGGAUUCACACUGGAGAAAAACCUUUCAAGUGUUCAUACUGUGACAAGAGAUUCAGUCUGUCAGGACACCUGAAAACGCAUAAAAGGAUUCACACGGGAGAGGAACCUUAUAAGUGUUCACUUUGUGACAAGAGUUUCAGUCAGUUAGCAACUCUGAGAAAUCACGAGAGGAUUCACACUGGAGAGAAAUCGUAUCACAGCACUGCAUGAGGGAAGUGUUUCAAACAUUCAUCUUCUCUACACAAGCAUACAAAAAAACAAUCACAGUAAGUAGAUCCUCUUCAGAUCCAGCACUUUCAGGUCUGAUGCCACAUCCUCACCAAAUGCGACACAAUAAUGCAUCAAGCAACAAAAUAUCAUCUGAUAAAUCUGUCUUAACCAGCGAUUACAUCCGAAACAUAAUCUAAAAUUUUCACAAUGAAUGAAGUUCUUCAAAACCAGCAGAUUCAGCUAUGAGAUUCAGAUAAACUCAAAGAUGGAGUGUCAAGAAGUUUUAUUCUUGUGUGUUAUUUUGCUUCAUGAUACACACCGAUCAGGCAUAACAUUAUGAGCACUGACAGGUGAAGUAAAUAACACUGAUUAUCUCUUCAUCACGGCACCAGUUAGUGGGUGGAUAUAUUAGGCAGCAAGUGAACAUUUUGUCCUCAAAGUUGAUGUGUUAGAAGCAGGAAAAAUGGUCAUGGACGGCCAAGGUUCAUUGAUGCAUGUGGGGAGCGAAGGCUGGCCCGUGUGGUCCGAUCCAACAGACGAGUUACUGUAGCUCAAACUGCUCAAGAAGUUAAUGCUGGUUCUGAUAGAAAGGUGUCAGAAUACACAGUGUAUCGCAGUGGACAUGUGAGCAUCAGAACUGGACCACGGAGCAAUGUAAGAUUGCAGUGUGAUGCUUUGGGCAAUGUUCUGUUGGGAAACCUUGGGUCCUGCCAUCCAUGUGGAUGUUACUUUGACACGUACCACCUACCUAAGCAUUGUUGCAGACCAUGUACACCCUUUCAUGGAAACUGUAUUCCCUGGUGGCUGUAACCUUUUUCAGCAGGAUAAUGCACCCUGCCACAAAGCAAAAAUGGUUCAGGGAUGGUUUGAGGAGCACAACAAUGAGUUUGAGGUGUUGACUUGGCCUCAAAUUUCCCAGAUCUCAAUCCAAUCAAGCAUCUGUGGGAUGUGCUGAACAAACAAGCCCGAUCUAGGGAGGCUCCACCUCGCAACUUACAGGACUUAAGGAUCUGCUGCUAACAUCUUGGUGCAGAUACCACAGCACACCAACACAAUAUUACAAAGGUGGUCAUAAUGUUUUGCCUGAUUGGUGUAAAUUAUAUCAUUUGUGCUUUGUUAUUAAUUUCAUAUCAUGUUCAAUUGUCUUUUAAUGCAUAUGUAUUUCUUGUAUUUUUCUUAUUUUUCCAUGAAGAUUGUAGAAGAUUUUUACAAACCAUUCUUGUUCAGGAAGCUAAAGAGAAGAGGCUGACCACAGACUGAAUUUUUUUUUUUUUUUCUGUUUUUAAAAUUAGUUAUUCUACCUCUUAUGAUGUAUUAAAAACACACAGAUGCAAGAUAUAAUGUCAUGUAGCUUUACAACUGAUCCUUCUUUGCUUCUCUUGUAAGUAGGGAUGGGUACCGGAGCUGGUAUUAAACAGGCCCUGGAACUAAUUAAGAAAGACUGUAGUGUCGAUGAGCUCCCACGUUAUUGGUUCUGCUUUUGGUACUGUAGAAAUUAAGAAAAUACCCUUACUAUUUAUUAUUGCUGCAUAAAUGAAAAUUACCCCAAGAUUUACUUACCCGCAAGCCAUUCUAGGUUUACAUGACUUUCUUCUUUCUGAUGAACACAAUCGGAGUUAUAUUAAUAAAUAUCCUGAUGCAUCUUAAGCUUUAUAAUUGCAGUGAACGGGACCAACGAGUAUGAGCUGAAGAAAGUGCAUCCAUCCAUCCAUCCAUCCAUCAUAAACUGGCGCCAGACCACCUUCCAUAUUCAACUCCAAAUUCAUAUCCAUACUCGCAGUUCAAAACGCUUACGUUAUGUCCUAUUCAACUAACGAAAAAAAGGGCUGCCGUUGUUGAAUACGGAAGGCAGUCUGGCAUAAGCUAGAUAUUUUACUUUAUAACUUGUUAAAUAUGGAUAUUUUUCAUACAGAAAAUAGCAGAUCAAUAAACAGUAUUGUAAGAAUAGUUGUACCAUUAAAACCUUAAUGAUACCCAUCCCUACUAGUCAGUAAGGAGAGAGAUCCACCUCAUUAGUUUUCGGUUUUACUCAGCUUUUUUUUCCUUUUUUUUUUUUUUGCAUUUGCUUUGAGUAAUUAUUGAUUGUUACUUUUUUUAUUAAAACAUUGUCAUCUUUAUUUUAUCAACAAAUUUUAUAUUCUGCUGAUUGUAUUUGCUUCAGGAAAAUUUAAUUGUAUUAUUUUGUUUUAAUAUAUGAAAACCAUUACGUAUUAUAUUUGCUUUUUGGGCUUUGUUUUAAUUUCCCACAGUUUUUAAUUACCUAAUAAACUAUAUUUUACUCCA